AGUUAGCAUUAGCAUGGUACUCCCCUUUACAGCAAAUAAGAGAAAGUGGGCACCCUAGGAUUUAAUUAGUCUAACUAACCGAUGCACAGUAUCUACCAUUUCCUAAAUCUCCAAAAUAUCCCUUAUUAUGUUAAUACGGAUCAACCAGAAACAACUUCUAUGCUAUUACAACUAAAAGGGUGUAAUUGCGUGUAUAUGAUACUCUUAACUCCGUUUAGCAUACAAGAAGUUAGAAUCAAUGGCAGAUAAUUCAAAUAAAACCUCAUCAGAAUCAUCAUCACCAAGAACACCAAUGGGAUCUCCACAAAGUAAGUUAUUACACAAAUUCUUUUGUUUUAGUACCUGUUGCAGAAGUAACCCAACUUUAAGAGUUAGAAGACGACUUCGUGGGGAUGUUGAGGAAGAGUUUCAAUAUGCAAGCUCUGAUUGUCUGUCAUCGUACUAUAGUGUCUUUGUUGUCCGCCUUGCUAUAAUGGCUCUUCUGGCAAUUUUGAUAGGGAUGCUAACUAUACUGACAUGGCACUUUACGCGUGUCUACACUACCAAAUCCUUGGAUAGUCUCGCAUUUGGACUCCGCUUUGAGCUUCUUCAACGUCCUUUGCUACGAAUGUGGAAUAUUGUGAACUCCACGGUUGAAGUAACAACAGCUCAGGUCAAUCUAUCAGAGUAUAUCAUCAAAAAGUACAGCAGCUUGCCACAAACUCAAGAAAAUCAAGUUGAGUUAUAUCAAACGAUGAAGGAUGUAAUGUGGGCAUUAUUUGCGAGUCAUAAAGCUCUAAAUUCAAUGACAAUAAACUACAGAAAUGGGUUUGUCCAGGGUUUCCAUAGAGAUCAUAGGAGUAAUAACACUUUCUACAUUUACUCUGAUCUUGCAAAUUAUUCAAUCAGUGCAACUGCGUAUGAAGUUAGCAAGGUAUCUUCUCAUCAGAGGUGGAAUGAUCAAUCAAUACAAGGCAACCUUUCUGCUAAAUGGUACCGUGAGCCACUUGAUCCUGUCAGUGGUGUAAAGAUUGGAAAGCAAAAUCUGAUUCCUCCCGAUGAUUUGAUAAAUAUUGCUGGUCCUUCACAAGUGCCUGAUGGAGUUGCUUCAUGGCAUGUAUCAGUGAGCAAGCAUUCAAAUUCACCUUUGCUUUCUGCUGCACUGCCUGUGUGGAACCCUUCCAAUGAGAGUAUAGUUGCUGUUGUGGGUGCUACGACUGCGUUGUAUAGUGUCGGACAGUUGAUGAAGGAGCUGGUGGAAGUACAUAGUGGUCAUAUAUACCUUACAUCUCAAGAGGGUUUUUUGCUUGCCACUUCCACUAAUGCCCCUCUCUUGAAGAAUACCACAGAAGGCCCUAAGCUUGUUAUGGCUGUCGAUUCAGAUGAUGAUAUCAUUCAGCAGGGUGCUCAAUGGCUGAAGAGAGAGUACUCUAACAAAUUUCCUCCGACUUAUGGAGUUCAUGUAGAGAAUAUUAAGCUUGGUGGCAAGAAAUAUUACAUUGACUCAUUUUUCCUAAAUUUGAAACGGCUUCCAAUGGUGGGUGUCAUCCUAAUCCCCAGGGAAUAUAUAAUGGGGAAGGUGGAUCACCGAGCUUUUAAAACAUUGGUGAUACUUAUAUGCGCUUCGGUCUGCAUCCUAAUAACUGGAUGUAUUUGCAUAUUGAUAUUGACUAAUGGAGUAUCAAAGGAAAUGAAACUUAGAGCGGAACUGAUUAAUCAACUUGAUGCUAGGAGACGAGCAGAAGCAUCAAGCAACUAUAAAAGCCAGUUUCUAGCAAACAUGAGCCAUGAGCUGAGAACACCUAUGGCAGCAGUGAUUGGGUUGCUGGAUAUUCUAAUAUGUGAUGAUUGUCUCACAAAUGAACAAUAUGCAACUGUUACUCAGAUUCGGAAAUGUUCAAAUGCACUUCUCCGUCUUCUUAACAACAUUUUGGACCUCAGCAAGGUUGAAGCCGGGAAACUGGUGCUAGAAGAAGCAGAAUUCGAUUUGGGGCGUGAACUCGAAGGACUUAUUGACAUGUUUUCUGUUCAGUGCAUCAACCACCAUGUAGAAACUCUUUUAGAUCUCCCAGAUGACAUGCCUAAAUUCCUCAGAGGAGAUUCAGCUCGAGUGGUUCAGAUAUUUGCAAAUCUUAUUAGCAAUUCUAUUAAGUUCACAACAACUGGUUAUGUAAUCUUAAGAGGAUGGUGCGAAAGAUCUGAUAAUUGUAGCAACAUUGGACCGCUUCCUAUCACUUUGGAGUCAGAUUUGUGUCCGAUUGCGAAGUCAAAGCAACAAGGAGGACCUUUCAUGAAGAAAACUGGCAAAAAAGAAAACAAAGUGAAACUUUGGUUUGAAGUUGAUGACACCGGCUGUGGUAUCAAUCCUAGUAAAUGGGAGUCUGUAUUUGAAAGCUUUGAGCAAGCUGACCCAUCAACUACGAGAAGGCAUGGCGGCACUGGUUUGGGCCUCUGCAUAGUACGAACCUUGGUCCGUAAGAUGGGAGGCGACAUCAAGAUAGUUGAGAAAAAUGGGCUUGGAACAUUGAUGCAGCUGUGUUUGGUUCUUGGCACUUCCUCAGACAAAACAGCACAGCACUGUGAUGUAGAACUUGCUAACCAUAGCCUAAUGGUACUACUUGCACUAAGUGGGAGUACAGGAAGAUUAAUUAUGUCUCGGUGGCUGGAGGGGAAGGGGGUUUCAACUUUACAGGCCUCUGACUGGAAUGAACUGACACAAAUGCUUAGAAAAGUUUUCAAAGGCAAAGGUCCACCUGAUGACAAUUUUAUCGACAUACAAACCCAGAUUGAACUUUUCACUGCAAAGGAUAUCAAAAAUUCACAGUUCAUCAUAGUUGUUGAUAUUGGUUUGCUUGACUUAAGUACCAAUUUAUGGAAAGAACAGCUCAACUGUCUUAAUAGAUAUGCCGAUGAAGCAAAAUUUGCGUGGAUACUAAACCAUGACACAUCUAGUUCUAUCAAGAAAGAGCUUCGAAGAAAGGGGCAUUUUUUGAUGGUUAACAGACCAUUAUACAAAUCAAAAAUGAUUCAGAUUUUGGAAGCAUUCAUAAAGCAAAGGGGUCACGAGUUACAAGAACAAUAUGAAAGCACUUCCCUUUCAACAACUACGGUAGAAGGGGAAAUGCAUGAAUGUCUGGAGGUUGAUCCGAUUCAUUAUGAUGCCUCUAGCUCUGAAGAUUCUGAUAAAGGAUAUAUUGGAUGUUCGAGUUCUGGAAGUACAGGUCAGAAUGAACCUAAGAAAAGGGAGAGAACUAAAAAACCAACAUUGGUACAACUCUCAGCAGCUAACAAUUACCUGCUCGAGUUUGAUGGUGACGACUUUCCAGAAAGUAACCAGCAUGACAAUCAGAAAGAGAGUGAAGACACUAAAAAAGACAGUACGGAAGAAAGGAAAGAUGUUCAUUUUGCAAAAAGUACAGAACAGAAAUCUUUAGAAGGCAUCAAGAUUCUACUUGCAGAAGAUACACCUGUUCUUCAGAGGGUAGCAACGAUUAUGCUUGAAAAAGUCGGAGCUAGAGUGAUGGCCGUAGGAGAUGGCUUACAGGCAGUGAACACUCUCAAAAACUCUAUGAAUGCGGAAGGUGGCUGUGCCACAUCCCCGUUACUAGAUGGAAACACAAGUAAAGCGCAAACCCCAAACCGUAACUUUCCUCCAUUUGAUCUGAUUCUAAUGGAUUGUCAGAUGCCGAAAAUGGAUGGGUAUGAAGCUACGAAAGAGAUAAGAAGAUUGGAAUCAGGAACGGGUACUCACAUUCCCAUAGUUGCGCUGACAGCCCAUGCAAUGUCAUCUGAUGAGGCCAAAUGCUUGGAGGUGGGCAUGGAUGCGUAUUUAACAAAGCCAAUCGACUACAAGCUGAUGGUAUCAACCAUUCUUUCACUAACCAGUAAAGUUUCCUGAGCGUUUUUGUAAUCGACUAACCUGUAAAGUUCCUACACGCUGACGCUUAAAAAUCUUGCUACCUUAUAUUAUAGCUAGCACAGGUUCAUACUAAUAAUGAAAGUAGAGUCACUAGAGUGUGAUCUAAGUUGCAUGUUUCGUAGAUAGAUAAGGCCUUAAGGGUGUACAUCAUGGCAUUUUGUAAGAACUGAAGUGUACUAGUUCAUUUGACUUGUAUAUAUUGGCAAUCUGAUCUUUUCAA